GAGCGAGCGAGCGAGCGCCGCAGCCGCCGCCGCCGACACCGCCUGGCGGGCGGGGGGACCCGCCGGCCCCGCGCGGCCGCCUCCCUCGCGGGCCCGGCGCUGAGAUUGUUAACAAAUCGGCUGUUCAGCUUAGAUCCAGCACAGAUCCAUGUUGCACCUUGGCAGUUUCCUCCAGCUCCUUUAUUUUUCUCCAUCGUCAUCAAACACAGCUCCUUUCAUUCUCCUCUUCCAUUCACCUACCCAAAGACCAAAUCUGGAAAUAGUAACCAAAAGAGAAGCCCACGUCGCACACAAAGCAGGGAAAGGUUGAAAUAAUUGAAGGGUUGGCCAGAUGCAGUGGGGCAUGGAGUGAACAGAAAGAGGUUAAAUUGAUGGAUGACCAACAAGAGCAGGAUUGUGCCUCAGAAGACCAAGAAACUAUCCUGAUUAAUGGGGUGAAAGAAAAUGAAUCGCAUGUCCUGGACAGUGAUGAGAGGCCUUGCACCGCUGCAGAGGCCGCAGUACCGUUCUCCGCCUUGACGACAGCUCCGAAGGAAAACCACGCGUGCCACCGGGCCCUGCCCCAGCUGACUUCAAAGAAGCCCUGCUUGCUGAGCCCCCCAUCGCCUCUGAGGCUCACCGAUGUCCCCGAGCACACCUCGGAUGACUCCUCCGCCCACGCCAUCUCCCUCACGUCCUGCGUGACAAAGGGCAUGAGCUCCUGGUCGCUGCCGGGUGACUGCGAGAAGGCUCCGUUCACCAUGAUGGAGCCCGGAGGCAUGUCGGCCUUGACGGGAGACUGCUUGAUGCAGCCCAGCCGGACCUGUCUGGGCUGCUUUAUUGAAUCAAAGGACGGCAUUGAUGCAGAGCCGGGAAUCAGCUUGAAAGUGGGGGAUAUAAAUAGGGAUUAUGACACCUGUUCGGUCUCUGAUAUAGGGAUUCACUGCAUGAGCACAGGAGAAACCAUGAGAUAUGGGGAUCAACUGCUUUCAGACCAGCUUUUAAGCUUCCCUAUGCAUAAAUCGAGGGCAGCGGACAAAAGAGAUGCAGAGAAAUCUGACAGUGAUUCAGAGGACCCCACUCAGAAAAAUUAUUACGAGGGAUUGCUAUUAGACAAAUGCAACGGUGAGGAACCUUUACUAACGAAUCCCAACCAGGAAUGGGGCUAUUUUGAGUCUUUCAUUAGUGAAAGCAAAAUUGAGCUGCUUGACCUCUGCUCCAAAAACGAGCUUUCUGUAAAUCUGUUUUCCGAGGAAGAUGUGGAUAAUUACAUGUUCGAUGACGAUGAUUCCACCUUGGGAAGCGAUGUCUGCUCCCUAAAGAUUAGAUACGAAUCCUUCCAGGACAACGUGCGGGAGAAGACCACUGCCCUACAAGAGGACGCCCAGUUCAACUUCUUCCCCAGCGUGUUCAGCAACUGCACCAAAAGGGACAGCAGGAGCACCCUGAAAAGGGGGCCCAGUGGUACCACCGACUCUUCUCAAUUCAAAUCUGAGGAAGGCAUUAUCUGGGGGGAGGAGGAGGAGGAUGGUGAGGAAGAAGAUGGCGAGGAGGAGGAGAAAGCUGCCUUAAAUAAAUCUUUGAACAGCACAGAGGUGGUGCAGUAUGUGGGCUCCAAGAGGAGCCACUUCUUGGACUCGGUGAAUUCAACGGAGGACUCUGGGGAGUUCAGCGAUGACAGCACUUGCACGGAGUCCUCCUACGACGUGCUACGGGAUAUCAAGGACUGCAGCCGGUACCUGUCCCGGGACCAUUCUGGCUCCUUCAUUCAGCAGAACUACGGGUUGCGGGCCAAGAGGAAAGUGCGAUACAGCGAUGACUACCUGUACGAUGUGGACUCCAUCGAGAAUGAGAAGAUCCUGGACAAGAAGGAGUGGCUCCCGGAUGGGCCCAAGGAAGAAGACGAUGACGAGUGGUGCCCCAAGAAACGGCGAAAAGUCUCUCGCAAGGAGCCCCCCGUUAUCAUCAAGUACAUCAUCAUUAACAGGUUUAAAGGGGAGAAGCAUAUGCUGGUGAAGCUCAGCAAAGUGGAUGCCAACGAGACAACUGUUACCCUAAACGAGGAGCUGCUCAGCAAAUACAAGAAGCUGGCCCCACUGAAGGGCUUCUGGCAAGAGAGGCAGCAGAGCCGGCUGGAUUUGCUCAGAUCGUCUCUCUACCACAAGCAGAAUUUCUAUCUUAACGGCUCAGAUGCUUCGUUCCUCCCUCACCCACGGAAGCGAAAAUGCAAGCUAGCAAACAGGCACCGGAUUCAAAGAAUUAAAGCCAUCGAGCAGUCAGUGAACAAGCUGGGCUCGUGCUCCUCAGAUCACAAGCAGCCUUGCAGCAGCAAAGAGGACACAGGCCUGAAAGGGCUGCCAGCGCUGGCCAUCGCCACCCCCAGCUGUGCCAACGGACUCCAUGUCCAUGACAUCACGGGCAUCGCCACAAUGAAAUGCAAACCACAGGACCGGGAGCACAAGGGGACAGAGAGGAAAGUGCUUCGCAGAAUCAAAUUCAAAAGUGAAGCCAGGUUGAAGUGUAAGAAGAUCAAAGCUGCUACCAGUACGGCGGAGGGCUCCCCAGCUCUGGAAAACCAGGACUCUGCAGCGUGCCUGAAGGAUGAAAACAUUCCUUGUGCUUCAGACAGCUCCCAUCUCCCGGAGUGCCACGAGGAUAAGGUUGCUAAAAAUUCUCCUUUCCUACCAUCCACCUCCUCUUCAGAGAAGCCUCUGCCAUCUGCUAAUAUCACCACCAAUGUACCCCUGAUCCCUGGAGGGUAUCUGCAGACAUUGUUAGAUGCUUCUGAUUUGUCGAGCAACACCGGUAUCUCAUACUUCACCCAGCAUCCCUCCGAGCAGCAGCAGCAGCAGCAGCACCCACUCCCCAGCAUCGUCCCAGCAGAAAAGCCCUUCCCAGCUCUGCAGCCGGCACAGAGCUGCGUCCUCUCCCCGCCCUCUGAAUCAGAGCUGCAAGAGUCACCAGGACACUUGGAGAUGGAGCAGAGCAGUUUUGGUAGCAUGUGGUCAGCCAGCAAAGCCACCAGCAGCAACUGCCAGGACUUUCCCGGUGACAUGCAGGAUGCAGCCGGGCUUCCAAGCGAGUUUGGCAGUAGUGGUGGUGGUGGGGUGGGGGGUGCAGAUGGCCUCCCCACCUCUGGAUACACUCAAGUCAAUCUGAAUAGCAGCAAAUUGCUAUACCAAAAAAAUUACAUGCCGGAGAGCCAACAAGUGCAGUCUGAUGAUUCUUAUCAGUCAUGUCACUUCAAUAAUGGAGAGGGGCGCUUCCAUUUCCAGCGAGGCACACUGAGUACGGACGAUGGCAGGCUCAUUAGUUUUGAUUCAGUGGGUUCAUUGUCAGUUAGUUCUAGCAAUUACAGUUCUUUAAGUUUAAAGUCUUGUGAAAAAGACGGCGAGGAUGAUAUUAAUGAUGAUUUCUUGGCCCACUGCAGUCCCAAGCUAGUGAUCCAGCAGAGCAUAGAUGAAAUCACCCCUUUGAAGGAGUCCACGGACCUUUUAGAUAUUUCCAACUUCACGCCUGACAAGUUCCGCCAGUCAUCGCUUUCAGAGAUGUCCCCUCCGGACACUCCCAACCUGUCCCCACAGAUAGCUGGCUCUGAUGCCAAGCCUCUGGGCACACUGAAGGGCUUUCAGGAGAGCCCCCAGGCCGCCCUCAACAACUCCGAGAAGGUCAAGUGGAACUGUGCAGUCCUGCAGUCUGAGGAUCAGGCAGAUAAUGGGUUUGCUUUAAAUAAUCACCAGUUCCAGUUCCAUAUGUUCAACGAUGAAGAUUCUGUCAGCCUUCUCGAAAAGAGUCCAUGCUUGUCAACAUUUAAUGAGCCAUCUGGUCAAAUUAGCACCAAUAGCAAAGUGUCAAAAUCGAAGAGGAAAAGUUCAUCCAGCAAGAAUGUGGGUACAAACCAAAGCUCUUCCCAGAAAGCCACCCGGAAAAAAUCACCCAAAACCAACAAAGGAGCUGAUAAGCCACAAGGGAAAAACUCCAGACAGGCGCCCAAGUCCACCAGGAAAGGGAAAAACGCAGCAGGGGUCAACGGUGAGAAGGUUCCAGCCAUUGGUGGCAGGGUGGUCAACCAGCUGAGCAACGUGGCCACCAGUACCAAAGGCCUCACUGAGGGCACUCAGCAUUGCAGCCCAGCUGGGGUGAAGCUGGGCAAGCACAAUGGGCUCUCCGGAGAGUGGGCACUGGGAAAAGAGGGGGGCACAGGCUGGUCGGAACCCAGCCUGGGCAAUGCCACCAGCCUCCUGGAUGACGAUCAGAGGGAGUUUGAGGAACCUUCCAACAUCCUGUCCAACAUCGCGUCGGGAAUGGCAGAUGUCCAGAGGUUCAUGAUGGCCUCCAUCGAACCCUUGUGGGGACCUGUUGGCCACAACAGCGUUCCAGACAUAUUCCGGUCACCAGAGUCCAACAGCCUGAAACUGAAAACUCUUAAAAUUUUGGCAGGGACACCCCAAGAGUCAAAGAAGAAGGCGAACAGCAACUCGCCGGCAGCGGCCAAGAACCACAAGUCAAACAACAAGGGCUCAAGCAAAAAUGGCAAAGGGGCAACCUGCGAUCCUGCUCGCCCCAACUGCUCAACUGGGUACACCACGGACCUUCCCGCUCCCUUUUUUGAUAAAAACUUUAGUAACCUGAGCACUUUAGGCAAUAAUGGACCUACCCAUAAAAAACUCUACCGUCACAAAUCCAGUUCCAAAUCGCUGAGGGAUGAGAACUGUAAGAUCAAGCGAACGGACCGCGAACAGCCCCACAAGGACCCUCCCGUGACAGCUGCUUUUGAGAAACUGAGGUAAUGCUGCACCAAACUGGCUGGAAUGCCCCUUUAACCUCCCUCCCACCUGCUAAGCCUGCUGUUCCUCAGUUUUUUUCCUUCCUGAAAGCAAAAGUUGCAUGAAAAA